AUGGCCGCCAGUGAGGUCUCAUUCACAGCACCCUUGUCUCAGGGCUUUGGGUAUGGCAUCAUCCUAGGAUUAGGAUUUGCUUUUGCCCUGGUCAUGAUUUUCAUCACUUGGGCUUUGAAACGCUACCAGCAUGAAGUUCAAACCUCCGAAAUGUUCUCGACUGCUGGUCGAUCAGUCAAAUCCGGUCUCGUUGCCGCUGCCGUCGUCAGUAGCUGGACAUGGGCAGCAACUCUACUCCAAUCUUCGGCUGUUGCGUAUAAGUAUGGAAUUUCGGGUCCUUUCUUCUAUGCCUCUGGCGCGACGGUACAAAUCCUCCUUUUCGCAACCCUUGCCAUCGAAUUGAAGAGACGAGCCCCGAACGCACACACCUUCCUCGAAGUCAUUCGAGCCCGCUAUGGCACAAUCGUUCACAUUGUUUUCAUCGUAUUCUGCCUCAUGACAAACAUCCUCGUGACAGCCAUGUUGUUGACUGGAGGCUCGGCCGUGAUGACCUCGCUCACGGGGGUUCACACCGCCGCAGCUUGUUUCUUGCUCCCCAUUGGUGUCGUGCUCUAUACUCUGUUUGGUGGUAUCAAGGCGACCUUCAUCACGGAUUACAUGCAUACUGUGGUCAUUCUCGUUGUGAUAUUCCUCUUUGCAUUCUCCGCUUAUGCCACAAACGCCGAGCUUGGCUCUCCUAGCCGCGUCUAUGAUGCUCUCGUCGAGGCUGCGAAGAGACAUCCCGUGGAAGGCAAUGCCGAAGGAAGCUACCUCACCAUGCGGUCGAAGGAAGGUGGCAUUUUCUGGAUUAUCAACCUCAUUGGUAACUUUGGCACCGUCUUCCUCGACAACGGCUACUACAACAAAGCCAUUGCCGCUAGCCCUGUUCACGCUUUCCCGGGAUAUGUCAUCGGUGGCCUUUGUUGGUUUGCCAUUCCCUGGCUCUGCGCGAGUACAAUGGGUAUCUCAGCUCUGGCAUUGGAAGGCUCGCAGCGGAUGAGUAGUGAGGACGUCACGGCCGGUCUGGUUCUUCCCUUCGCGGCAGUCAAGCUGCUCGGAUAUAGUGGUGCAGUCGCUACCACCCUGAUGAUCUUCAUGGCCGUGACCUCUGCAUUCUCUGCCCAGUUGAUCGCUGUCUCUUCGAUCUUUACCUACGACAUCUACCAGGCGUACAUCGAGCCCACUGCCAAGGGCAAGAAGCUCGUCUGGAUCUCACACAUGUCUUGCAUUGUCUAUUCAAUCAUCAUGGCGGGCUUCGCGACAGGUCUUUACUAUGCCGGCAUUGGUAUGGGAUACCUGUAUUUACUCAUGGGAGUUAUUAUCUCCUCUGCUGUCUUCCCCGGUGCCAUGACUCUGCUCUGGAAGGGUCAAAACUGGAUUGCUGCCGCUGCAUCGCCGCCUCUUGGCCUGGCUGUUUCGCUUAUUGCAUGGCUGGUGACUGCGAAGAAAGAGUCUGGUAUCUUGACUGUGGAUACCACAGGAGCAAACUACCCCAUGCUCGCUGGAAACGUUGCCGCUCUCCUCAGCCCAUUGAUUUUCUCUCCCCUCUUCACAUUCAUCUUUGGCCAACAAAACUAUGACUAUGAAUCCAUGCGCGCAAUCCGCAAAGUGGACGACUCCGAGGUCGCUGCCGAGGCGCACGUCGAUUUGGAACUGGUCCCGGGUGAAGGAAACCCAACCUCGUCUGCCCAGACUGAAGAAGAAGAACGCAAACUUAACCGUGCUGCGCUGUACUCACGCACGUUGACCGUCUUCCUUGCUUUCUCUUUCCUUAUCCUCUGGCCAAUCCCGAUGUACGGCACAUCAUAUGUUUUCAGCAAGAAGUUCUUCACUGGCUGGGUUGUUGUCGGUCUCAUCUGGCUGUUCUGUACGCUUUUCGGCGUGGUUGUUUUCCCGCUGUACGAAGGUCGCGAGAGUAUCAUUCGCACGUCACGAAUGAUGGUUCUCGAUCUAAUGGGUCGGAAGCCGACUGUUUACCGUGGCAAGGCGGAUGAGACUCAGCCUUCGGGGGCCGUAACGCCGAUAGAAGUGACCGGUGAUAAGGAGAAGGAAGCAAAGAACUCUUCGACUUGA